AUGGCGAAAACAUCUAUCUUUUCAUUGCCAAACGAAUUGGUAUGCCAAAUUGCAUCAGGCAUGUGUGUUCCAGACAUCAUCUCUUUCAUCCAAUGUUGCCGCAGUUUGUGUCUGCCUCUUCUUUGGCACUGCCAGCACCAGCGAAAGAAACGGGAGCUCCAAGAUGCUCUAACAGCGUGCAUCAGAACUAAUAAUGUGGAUGGGACCCGGCUUCUACUUGAGAUCAAUGCAGAUAUUGAAUGUGUGCCCACAGAUUCAACGCCGUUCAAUCGCGCACCAGGGCACUAUUGGGAUGAUGGCCCCUUGUACUGGGCUGUUAGAGGUGGUCAUCAUGAGAUAGUGGAGGCUCUUUCGGAACAUCUCACUCAAAUGAAGGUUGAGAUCCCAAAUCUCGAGGUCAAUCACGUUAGAGAUGCACUACGAGGGAAUAUCGGGGAUAUAUGCUCGACAGAAACUGCUGCACUUGCUCGACGCACCACAUCUGCUCUGGACAGGCUUCUGCUCGACUCUGGCGCCACCCUCGACUGGCCCGAGUAUGACUUUGCGCAACUAGGUGGGCCGCUAGAAACUGCAAUGCGCACAUGCACCCCGAUCUCCGACGGAACUGUGAAGCUGCUUGUUGAGCGCGGUGCAAAUGUGAGCGCCAAGAACGUGCUCCAUGUGCUCACAGUUACAUCGAAUCGAUGUACAAUCCCUCGUGGAGAAAUAGCAAAGUUUCUCCUCGAUCAUGGCGCAGAUCUUAGCUCCCGGGAUCACUAUGGUCGGUCCGUUCUUCUCAAAGCUAACAAGAAAGACCUCAUACAACUGUUCAUUAAUCGUGGACUCAGCCCGAACGACGUGGAUAAAGGUGGUCAAACCCUGCUGAAUACACUGGCAACCAAAGAGGCGUCUGAAACGACGGUUGAAUUGAUGAAGGUGCUGUUGGACCUUGGUGCUAAUGUGAAUUGCCGAUCUCCUUCUGGACCAACUCCAUUACUAUCAGUCCUCUCAUAUAGACGAAAACAAUGUGAAUACGACUCAGACGGGUACGAGAUCGACGGACACGACCAGCAUGGAGACACAGUUACACCCGAACCCGAAAGCCUCGAUGAUGAAACCUACUUUGCCUUCGUCCACAAAACAGCAAAGCUUCUCUUGAGCCGUGGAGCAGAUGUAAGGGUCCGGGAUGGCAAGGAUCAGACCGUUCUUUACAGAACCGAUAACAAAUCUCUCGUGGAACUCAUUCUCGCGUAUGGGGCCGAGGUGAAUGUGGUGGAUAUCUAUGGUCAGACACCGCUGCACGCCAUGACAUACAGAGCAUUCAGAGGCGACGGUUGGAACAAUCGAAAUGUUAUUGAAGCAUAG